UGUUAGUAGAUGGUGAUGAACAAAGUACAACACAAAGUACAAAUAUUGUCUACAAAGAAGUUUUUCAAAAUUUGUAGAGCUAAUGUUUGAUAUUCAAUUUAUUUCUUUUAAUUGAUGCAACAAUAUGCUUCUCUAACUUGGGAUACAACAGCUUCCUGUUUUAACAUGGACACUUUCAAGAGAUCAAUUAGAACCUAUAUUUAUCAAUGGUCUGAUGGUCUGAAUUUCCCUAAAGGUCAAUCUAUUCCUGAUUUUCUAAUAUAUGAGAGACUGGUACCGGUUGAUAAAAAAAGCCAUUCCCCCAAAUUUCUCAAAUUGAACUGGAAAAAGCCUCAUGGUACCUUUAAACUGAAUGUAGAUGCUGCUUUCAAUCAUAAAUCUUCAACCGGUGGAACUAUUCUGAGAGAUGUUGAUGGUGACUUCAUUCUGGCCGGAGUGUUUCCUCUCACAGCUAGUUCGGUACUUGAAGCUGAAAUAAUGGCUAUCUUUGUUGCGGUUCACUGGACUGUGGAGGCUGGUUUCAGCGACCUCGAAGUUGAAUCGGACUCUCUUGCGGCGAUAAAUCUUCUCCGACGAGCCUCUGCUAACCCAGGUUAUCCUCAUCUCAUCAAACCAAUCCUAGAGCUUGCUUCGCGCUAUUCUCUCACCUUUUCGCAUUGCUAUAGAGAAACAAACGAAGCAGCUCAUCAGAUCGCUCACUCCUCAAUCGAAAUCGGGAACUCAACAAUUUUCUAUCAGAUGGAACACUUGCCUAUUCCGGUUCGUGGUAUUGUUACUCUGGAGGCGAAAGGUUUCCCUAAUUUUAGGGUUUCCUAAUUAGUUUUUCCUUGUUUCUUUACUUUUGUUUUUUAAUUGGGUAAGGUUGAGCCCCCAAUUUCCAUUUGCUUUCUUCUCUCAUUGUAUUUCUUUGAGGUAUGCCUCUCUUGAAGGGUUUUGGUCUAGUCCCCCUUUCAAUUGUAAUCUCUAUUAUUUUUAAUAAAACUUCUGCAAAUGUUCCCCGGCAUUUGCCCCACUGAUUUUGGUGGUUGACCUUCCGGGUUAAAAAUAAAAAAUAAAAAAAAUAAUUGAUGCAACAAUAUGCUUUUUGAGAAUGUUUAUUUAAUUAUAUGUAUUUAAGCUUCUUGCCGUGCAUCGCACGAGUGAGCUACUAGUUCACACUAAUAAUAUCUACUUUAACAGGUUCUAUAAUAACUAGUUACUCCACUCGUGCGUUGCACGGGAGUAAAGUACCUAUAAAAUAAUUUAGACGCAAUUCUAUGAAGGAAAAAAAUUGGUAAUGGCCAAUUAACUGAAAAAAUUAAAUAAAAUAUGAAAUAAGAUAUCAUUGUUAUAACAAACUAAGAAGUAUAUGUACUAAUCAAAAGUAGAACAUCACGUAAUGAAAUAGAUGUGUUUGUAAGUCCACAAAGUUGUCAAGGAAACCUACAAAUUAUUAGAAUUCUUUGUAUACAACAUUCAAGUCAGACGCAAUUGGUCAUGGGAUUCAUCUUCGUAACAUAUCACAAAUUUUAACUCAUUGACUUGUUACUCUCCAAACUUCCACGCACACUUUGGACAGAGCAAUGAAGGAAGAUGAUAACUUUUUUCAAUAAUUGUCCAUGCUCUUCCUAACGGCCAUUGCAUUCCUAAUCAUUAAUAGAAAUUAUCUGCAUUGAAAAGUGAAUGAGAGUCUAACGCGUGGUGGUUUUAAAGUAAGUAGGAAUAAAAAAAUUCCUUGACAUUUUCACCAUGUAACGUUUGAUCCUCAAUGAUAUGAGUUUUAAGUUUGUGUAGAAUCACACAAUCGAUAUGAAAUAUCUAUAUUUCUCGUAAGCAUCACAUGCACCAUCACUUUUAGCUCUAACUCGUGAUUUGGCAAACUGAAACAUUGAUUGCCUUUAAGAAAUUCAAGAGUAUGUCUCUCAUGUAAGUGGUCACUAUUUGAGCUAGAUGAAUAAGCUUAAUCCGAACCUAUAUAACUUCUUAACUCUAAAUCUAUGUGAACCAACAUGUAAGCAUUGACAUUAUUGACUUCAUCUAUUAAUUAGGGUAACAAUAGCUUCGGAAUAAACAUACACGACCGGGUUACAUUGACUUAAGAAGUUGGGAUAAAUGAGGACUAUUCAUGUGCGUCCGGCCGCACCACAGGGGCCGUCCGGCUGACGGCUUUUGGCCACCUUCCCGGUGAAAUUUUUUUCUGAAAUGUUAAUGGCAUGUUCUUCAUCAAGCCUAGUUUAUGCACACAAAAAUUCAGCUAAAACCUCAAUUCGGAAGGUUGUCAAAUGAUUUUUUGAAGUUGACUGCGUUUUGUGUGUGUAAUUUUGAACAGUUAACUUCAAAAACUCAUUUGAAGACCUUCCGGAUUGAGUUUUUAGCUGAAUGUUUUUGUGGAUACACUAGAUUUGAUAAAGAACAUGCCAUAUAAAUUUCAUCAAAUAAUUCGACCGGGAAGGCGGCCAAACGCCGUCGGCUGGACGGCGCUUCUCCUGCGGACGGACGCACCGGGAAGGAGUAUAUAAUUUAUUAAAUUGCCCUAAAUACUCCACCCGCGCGUUCACGAGAUGAAGAACUUACAUAAUAAUUUAGAUGCAAUCAUAUAAAAAAAUAAAAGAAACUUUAUAGCGAUUCAGAUAAUUGAAAACAUUAUACAAAGACCCAAAUUUUAUUGUAAUAGAAUUAUAAGAAUUACUACAUAAAUGGUUAAAAUUAAUGUAAGAUACCAUAUGGUAAAAAAACACACUUGUAAGUCCAAAAAAUUGAUUACAAAUUAUUAUAAACUUAUUUACAUACAACAUUCAGGACAUACAUACUUAAGUUAUCCAUACCAUCACAUAAUCAAACUUCAAACAUGAUGGACAUGUUAUUCUGUAGACCGCGUAUAUAAUUGCCCCCGUAUAUACUUGCUAACAUGUAAAAAUGAGGUGAAGGUUAAAGAUGUCAACAUUGAUUUUCCAUCAAUUUCCCUUGGAUUUUAUUAAUUUUGAGUGCAUAUACUAACUAUUAAUGUAAAUAUUUGAGCUGAACAAAAAAAAAAUCAUAUCAUACAUAAUAAAAGGUAAUUAUAGGGCAAAUAAAAUAGUCCUUUGUUGUCAAUAUGUAAGUCAACGUAAGUUAGAUGAUCUAACAUCAGACUAUCAAGAAAAUUAUGCUUUUCUUCAUACAUAAUAUGGUUUUUUCUUUUACUAUUAUUGCAAAUGAAUAAAAGGAUUUACACAUAGAUCAUCAUUUGGUUUAAUCUUUAUAUAAUACUCCGUAUAAAGUAACGGGCAACAAAUAUUGGAGGGAAAAUUCCUGCCCAAUUAAAAAGGGAUAAAAAGGAAAAUUCAACCGUAAGUGUCAUUCAUGCUGUCAAUUGAUAUACGGAGUAUCCAAAAAGUCUUAUUACCAUAUAUAUCACCAUGUCAAACCGCCAAUGGCAUCUAAAUUGCUCAAUAGCCAAAUGUAGCAAAAGUGUCGGCCAGACAAAAUUGAGUGCAAAAUGGAAACUAUAAAUAUAUUAAUAUUAAGGGCAAAGAAAGUACUUGCCAUAUUUAAAACAAUAAAUAAUUUAUUUGCUUUACAUGUUAACAAUACCUAAAAUAAUGUUAUAGAUACAUUAUGCAAAAUUAAUGAAUAAUUACUACUACAUCAAUACAUGAUGAUGAUGAUGAUAUUUAUAUCUUUAUUUUUAUCUUUAUUUUGUUUAUAUAAUACACCGUAUAAGGUACUCCGUAGUAAAUUAGUUGCUAUCGGCCUAUCACUUUUGACUCCAAAAUGAAAUUACUUUUCCAUGUUAAAUACAUUCCCAAUAUUCAUUUGUCUUGAUUCUAAUUUUAUUUAAGGAAUAUUUAGUCCAAGUGUCAUGUAUGAAUAUGAACCAAAAUUCCAAGGGACAAAAUAAAUUUUGAAAGAAAAUUAGAAAGUAAUAAUCUUAAUUUGAGUCAUAAAUAUGUAAUUAUUUUUAUAACUUUUAGGAAUACAAAAGGAAGUAAUUGGUUAAUUCGUAUUUGUUUUAUAAAUAGAUAGUUUUAGUUCAAGCAAUAACAAUUAUCAAGAAUAAUUUUUUUUGAAGUGCACCACAAUAGAUAGUCUUGGAAUAAAAUAUGAGGUAUUAAAUACUUACCUUUUUGGGGAAAUGAACUUGGCAUAGAAAUCAUAUCUCCAGAAAUCACAGUGUUUAACUCACUAAUCUUUAUACUCUUAUCAUUAAUUAUUCUUAUUUAGACUAUUAUGAAAAAAAUAUUAUUUCGAGCUAUAAUAAUAUGAAAUAAUUAUAUAUGUGACUAAAAUAAAUGUUGCUUACAAAAAUAUGAAAUCUUAAGAAUCUUUUUACUAUGACUAUUUUCAAUCACAGACCAAGUCAGACGAAACUUUUAUAGAUCAAACAUGACUUCAAUAGUAGUAAAAUACACAUAGGCUAGAUAUUUAUCAGACCACAUCAGACCAGUUCAGACUGGUCUUAAACAGACAAGAUCAUAACAGACCAACCUAUACAAUUUAAGUCUAAUUAAAAAAUCAUAAGUGUAGUGACUAUAGUAUCAACUUAGUCAUAGUAACACAUGUUUAAUAUUUACUGAUGGAGUAUAUGGCCCAGGAACCCCCGACCCACAAACUCCCGCUACUCUGUCACAGGCCUAACAAGCACAUGAAGAAUAACGAGCCCAAAUCACAGCGCCCCAGAUAUCAAGGAGCCCACGCUGCACAUAUGGACGCCUUCGGUCCCCAGGCCGAAGGCCCGAAAUCCCACAGGAUAGCUGGUUUUGGGCAUACGAAGCUACUGGGAGAAAACGAUGAAAAUCAGUAGCCUUCGGCACUGAGAGGCCCCCGGUACGAAUAGCCUUCGGCUUCUCGUCUAAAGCCGAAGGCACCUUCCUCGACAGAAUCUGCUCUCCACAUGCGCCUGGAUCGCCGUACCAAGUACAACGUCACAUCCAACCACCGCAUUUAAUGCGGCCACAUGCAGGUGUCGGUGCCACCCAGUUUGAGGUGACCCCUCGACCGUCAGAUUAUUGACACGUGUACUCUCAUCGCAUUUAUUACUACUAUAAAUAGCUUCCCUUUUCCCCUUUGUAACACACGACUUGAAUACUCAUUCUAUAUUCGAACUCUUUAUCUUUCUUACUUAUUUACUCCGACUUCUCUCUAAGUUACUCCCCGCAGUAACCCCCCCGGAUAAGCUACCCCCUGGUACAAUAUCCAUCAUUUGGUGCUCUCGUUGAGAGGUCGAACAAUCAAGUAAGAAACUCUCCCCUUCGCCAAACACAAAACGCCAACGAAAAUGGGAAGAACUCGUGCUCAGUCCAAGACCCUUGAGGACAAUAACCUGACCCUUGGUGAAGUCAACGCCCUCGGAGCCUCCAACAAGGCACCCGAGGGCGGGGUCAUCGCUGGGUUGGAACAGGCUGCUAUCGACCUGCGCCUUCAGCUCCAGCAGAAUGCUCCCGAUGCCCGCCUCGGCAUCGAAACUCGAAGGAAGGACCGGAGCGAAAACCAAGUGAGCCCUCCGGUCCUCACUAUUGACGUACAAUCGGCGUUCUCCACCUUCAUCCAGACACUCACCCAGAAUCCAGGUGCCUUCGGCACUCUGGUACCACUUCAGCCGCAGGUCGGGGAGAACGUCAUUCCUCCCCCUCCUCCGCCCCCUUUUGUGAACCCCAUCCUCCAGCUGGGGAACGACGAAGGGGUCAUGGCCCAAGACACCGCAUCCCAGGAAGUCCAAUCCCGGGACCAGCGCGGCGUGAACAAAGAAAGGCCUUGGACAUCCGUCCUUGAGAGGCUCAGAGGGGUGCAAGAUCGCCGAGGGGUCCAAGACCGCCUCAGUGGUAAGGCACUCCAAAGACCUCAAGAAAGCGGGGGGUCGGUAUCGAGGGCAAGCGAGAGGCGUCCCCUUCAGGACAAGGGAAAGGCACCACUACAUGCCGAUGACGCCAGACACCAAAUCAACUAGGCCCACUCGGCCCGUGUUCAAUCGCAGGGGGCGGAGGCCCUCCCAAAGGAUCACAGGGAUGAAAUUAUCAAGGCCCUCCAAUGCCGCCUUGAUGAGAUGGAGGCCCGCCAAACGCACACUACAUCUUGCGCCUCACAGGCGGACCCCAAAUACGCCGCCAUGCUGGCCAAAAUGGAGGACAUGCAGAAUAAGAUGGCUGAAGGCUCCAGGGAACCUGUCAUCCAACUCCGGACUAGGAUGCCAUUUACCCGAAGGGUAUUGGCGGCCCAGAUUCUGGGAAAGUAUCGAGGGCAACCCAUCAAGCCCUACGAAGGAAAGAGUGACCCCCAGGAGCACUACAACAGAUACCAAAACAACAUGAUGAUGGUGGGGGCAUCGGAUGAAUAUUUGUGUCGUUGGUUCCUUUCCACCUUAGAAGGACCAGCGUACGAAUGGUUCAACCGAUUGCCUGAAGGUAGCAUUGACUCGUGGCAAGAACUCGCCCAGCGCUUCUUGACACAGUUUGCGGGAAGGCGCCGGUCAAGAAAACACUUCUCCCAUUUGCUAACGGUGAGGCAAAGGAAGGAGGAGACCCUCCAGGAUUUCUUGGAACGUUAGAGGCUGGAAACAGACAAAGUUGACGGAGCCGACGACGGGACCCUUCUAGCUCUCCUGCAAAUGGUCCUCCGCACCGGGAUAUUCUCAAGGAGCCUCAUCAUUGAACCCCCUCGCGAUUAUAUAAGGGCCCUCCAGCGGGGGGACCGGUAUGCAGAGGCCGAGGAGGUAGAGAAAUGUCGCCAGAACCCCGAGCAGCAGCGCCCCCGGCCAGAUGACCGGAACAACUAAGGGCCGGGGACUCCAUCCCAUCAAUCCAAAGGCCCGACCCCUUCGGGUGAUCGCCCCCGGCAUGGCCAAGCCAAACCCGGGGGAGGUUAUUAGCACAACCCCAAGGCUUGGGCCCAACCCAUCCUUCUGGAGCACCCUCGGACGCCUCUGACGCAUCCCAUCAACGUCAUUCUGGACUACGCCGAGGAGAGAGGCCUCGUGGAGCGCGACUCUCGCGCGCCUUUGGAGGUAUACGCUGUCAACCCCAAUGAGCCAUACUGCCGCUUCCAUCGUAAUCAAGGGCACAGAACCGAUGACUGCAACCAGUUGAAGGCAGCCAUCGAGAGGCUUAUACAGGCGGGCCAUCUGUCCCAAUUUGUCAGGGGCCCUCAGCCUCAACAGCCCCCGCGAGGACCGCCGGCGAGGGCAAAUGCUUGGGUUAAUCCAAACAUCAUUCCCCUCGGUGACCCGAAGGGUAAGAAGCGGGAGAUCGGGAAUCUCGAUGAGGAGGAGGAGUACAGCCAGUACCAGGAGAAGAAACGCCACAUCCUCAUGAUUACCGGGGCAACACGGGGGGAGACUCCACUAGCCAAAGAAAGAAGUGGGCACAAUCGCUUUAUGUGGGGGAAGUCACUCACAUGCCCCCCGUAAAGCGGAUGAGAGAGGAGUCCAUAAUGUUUACCAACGCCGAUCUCCCCCCAGUUUCCUCUCCUCACAGGGAUGCAUUAGUAAUCCAAAGCGAGAUCAAUAACACCAUCAUCCACCGAACUUCUGUUGACACAGGCAGCUCCGUCAACGUAAUGUAUCUCAGCACAUUCAACGAGCUGCACCUAGAGAGGAGUUGCCUUCGGCCCAUUCGGACCCACCUGUCCGGCUUCACCGGAGACACCAUAGAUUCCGAGGGGGCGAUGACCCUCCCGUACUCUUCGGUAACGGGCUCCAUAGGGCCAAGCUCGAAGUGGAGUUUGUCGUCGUCAACAUUGACUGCGCCCACAACAUCAUCCUCGGCCACCCCGCCCUCGAGGACCUGGAGGCUAUCAUCUCCAUGAGGCACCUAUGUCUCAAAUUCCCAGCUGAAGGAGGCAUCGGGUACUCGAGGGGGAACCUAAAGCUCAUCUGCGCCUGCUAUCUUCAGAUAACGAAGAAGGUUAGUAAGAAUGAGUUCCGGGUAGACACCAUCAUCGGGACUGUUGAGGAAGAAGAGAAGAGGCCGAGGGCUGAAGCAGCUUAGGAGGUAGAAGACUUCGCGCUCGAUCCGGCCAAGCCGGAGAGAGUCGUGAAGAUAGGAGCCAAGCUCCCUGAAUAUUUGAAGACCGGCAUCACGGAUGCCAUCCGCGCCUACUCCAUUGUUUUUGCAUGGGGGCCGGAGGACAUGCCGGGAAUUAGUCGAAGGGUCAUCACUCACCGCUUGUCGGUGGACCCUUCCUCCAAACCUGUGCAACAGAGAAGAAGACCCCUCUCGGCCGAGAGAAGGGAUUUUGUGAAGAAGGAGGUCAGCAUGCUCCUCUCCAUCAAACACAUCAAGGAGGUGAAAUAACCUUCAUGGCUUGCUAACGUAGUCCUUGCACAAAAUCCGCCCACCUUCCGCAUGUGCGUGGACUACACGGAUCUAAAUAAGCCGUGCCCCGUGGACCCUUUCCCGCUCCCAAAUAUUGAACAACUGGUGGAUGAAACGGCGGGAUGCGAAAUCAUGUCAUUCCUCGAUGCCUUCCGCGGAUAUCACCAGAUCUUCAUGCACGAGGAAGACGCUGAAAAAACAGCCUUCAUUACUCUAGAAGGCAUAUUCUGUUAUCUAGUCAUGGCCUUCGGCCUGAAGAACUCCGGUGCCACUUACACCCGGAUGGUGGCCAGGGUUUUUCAAGCCGUCCUCGGGCGCACCAUGGAGGCCUAUGUUGACGACAUGAUCGUCAAAAGAAAACAAUCAUCAAGCCACGCUGACGACCUCCGGGAGAUCUUCACCAUCAUGCAAAAAUUCAACCUUCAGCUAAACCCGAAGAAAUGCACCUUCGGCGUGCAAGGAGGCAAAUUCCUAGGCUACAUGGUGAGCCGAAGGGGUAUCGAAGCCAAUCCCGAGACAAUCCAGGCCAUCAUCAACAUGGAGCCCCCACGCAACGUAAAGGAGGUCCAGCGGCUGACGGGCCGCCUGGCAGCCCUCAACCGCUUCCUGUCCAAGUCGGCGGAAAAGUCCCUCCCCUUCUUUCAGAUCAGGAGGCCUUCGAUGAGUUGAAAAGGUACUUAUCUUCACCCCCUGUGCUUUCCAAACCCAAGGUGGGAGAAACUUUGUACCUCGACCUGGGCGUUAGCCCCACUGCCAUCAACUCAGUGCUAAUCCGGGAGGAAGAUGGCAUCCAACACGCCAUUUUCUAUGUUUGCAUGACCCUCAGAGAGGCGGAACUCAGGUAUUCUCCUGUGGAGAAGACGAUGCUAGCCAUUGUUUGGACCGUCAAAAAGCUAGGCCAUUAUUUCCAGGCACACCCUGUCCAGGUCCUCACGCACGAACCCCUCGGCGCUUUGAUGAGGAGCCCCACCAGCUCCUCCCGGAUGGUGAAAUGGGUCUUCUUCCUCAGCCAAUACAACAUUAACAUCCGUUCGAGGCCUGCCAUAAAGAGACAAGCCCUGGCAAACUUCGUGACGGCGUGCACGGCAGGAUCAGCGGUGGAUGAGGAGCCCUCGGCACCCUCGGACGAAUGGUGGACCCUCUAUACUGAUGGCUCCUCAGCAACCAAAGCAUGUGGAGGAUGGGUAGUCCUCAUUACGCCUGAAGGCUUCCGCGCCUACUAAGCCAUUCGCUUCUCCUUCAAAGUCUCCAACAACGAAGCGGAGUAUGAUGCCCUCCUCUGUGGCCUUCGGUUGGCGGCUAACAUGAAGGCCAGACAGAUCCACGUGAUAUGCGACUCCAAAUUAGUCGUCGGCCAGAUUUCAGGGGAAUAUGAGGCUAAGGAGGGGAGAAUGAAACAGUACAAGGAAGUGGCCAAGGAGUUGCUUAAGGUAUUUGAGGCACACUCUCUCACUCAAAUACCGAGGGCUCAAAACUCUGAGGUCGAUAUCUUAUCAAAGCUCUCGGCCGAAUUCCCAGAGCACCUCUCGAAGAUCGCAAGAAUUGAGGAACUCUGCCUCUCAAGCAUACACGUCAGCCCCGUCAUGAACAUACAACAAAGGCCUGAGGACUGGAUUUCUGACAUCAUGAAGUUCAUCUCCACAGGCCACCUUCCCGAAGAUGAAACCCGUGCAAAGCUGGCAAAGCUGAGGGCUCCCAGCUACACCAUCGAAGACGAGAGGCUUAACAAACGAUCUUACAACGACACGUUACUCCGGUGCCUCCAUCAGGAUGAAACCGAAAUUGCAAUGGAGGAAGUGCACAGUGGCAAUUGCUCAGCUCACCAAGGACCCUUCUCCAUGUCCCGAAGGCUCAUAGUUCAGGGUUACUUCUGGCCCACGAUGGCCCGAGAUUGUGCGGACCUCACUCGAAGAUGCCCCGCCUGUCAACACUUUCAGAAGGCUCCUGGGAGGCCUGUGGUUAACUAUGCCCCCAUCAGUACAGCAAUACCCUUCUCCAGGUGGGGUAUUGACCUAGUAGGCCCACUACCGAGGGGUACCUCCAACAACAGGUACAUCAUCGUCGUCAUUGACUACUUCACCAAAUGGGUGGAGGCUGAACCCCUCGCCAGCAUUACCGAAGCCAGGUGCCAUCAUUUUGUCCUCAAAAACAUCCUCACGAGGUUUAGCGUCCCCUAACAAAUCAUUUCCGAUAACGGGACUCAGUUUGAGGCAGCCUCCUUCUGCACCCUCCUGGAGGCAUGGGGCAUCAAACACACAUUUUCAUCUGUUGCCUACCCUCAAGGCAACGGGCAAGUGGAGAACGCCAACUGAACUCUGCUUGAGGGCCUAAAGAAGAAACUGGAGGCCGAAGGGGGAGGCUAGGCAGAAGAGCUUCACAACAUCUUAUGAACCUAUCGCACCACCCCUCGGUGGGAAACAUGCGAGACACCCUUCUCCCUUUGCUACGGGUUCGAGGCCAAGGCUCCCACGGAAGUGACCCUUCCUACCCGAAGGGUGGCCCGAUAUGAUCCCAAAGUCAACGACGCCAACAUGGCCCUCGACCUUCACCUCAUCUCAGAACGCUGAGAGCAAGCCUUCCUAAGGGCGGAAAACUACCGAAGAUAAGUGAAGGGCUACGUCGAUGCCAAAGUUCGCUCCCGAGAAUUUCAAGUGGGGGAAUAUGUCCUCCAAAGGAGAGAAGCUAGCCAACCAACCGAGGGUGGCAAGAUGGCACCAAAGUUCGAAGGCCCCUACAUUGUCACAGCCAUCAUCAAACCAGGAACGUACAAGCUCAAACGCCCUAAUGGAACCGAGGUCCCUAGACACUGGAAUGUACACCACCUGGUGAAAUUUUAUCAGUAACGUAUGAGUGGCCAAGCCCUCAUGACUUACGAAUGUACUUAUCCAACGGCCCAAGGCCUCCUGUUUUUCAAGAAUAAAUGCAUGUUGAAGACACCAAAAGUACCAAGUACAUGAUACACAUGAGCGGCCAAGCCCUCAUGCAAGCUCCUGGCCCAAGGCCUUCUCACAAGACCCCCCGGCACCAAGUGCCAAGGGAGGACGCUGUAAUCAACUACAAAGAUAAAACACCAAAUGUUUUUGAAGACGAUCCCUCUAUACCAAGUGCCGAGGGCAUUGUACAAAAAAUAAACCAAGUGUUAAAAAUAAAGUCGUACCCCUCGAGGAUGCAACUAUACCGAAGGCUCCACCUAUCGGUGUCAGGGGUACCAAGUGCCCCCGGCUAUUUGCAACUAAUAUGCAAAUAAAACCCUUCCCUGAAACGCUUUCCGCACCAUUACCCCAAGGGAAUGGCAGACAACUAAUAUGCCUCAGGAUUCGACUUUCAAAACGAAACGCUUCUCGCGCUAUUACCCCAAGGGAAUGGCAGGCUACAGACUAUGUCUCGUGCUGAGGGAACGACUUUCAAAACUGAGACGCUUUCCGUGCCAUCCCCCAAGGGGAGGCAGGCAACAUACCACGUCUUGUGCUAAGGAAACGACCUUCGAUCCCCUCGGAACCCGGAAGGUUAAUCCCGAGGAGGAGCCAGUGGUGUAUACUGUUGCCUCCCGAUAGGCCAAGCCUUACCAAGAAACCAAGUUUCUUGAAGCCUCCCAUUCACUAUAAAAAAUGGGGUGAAGGGGAGUAGACUCAACGAGAAAUCAAUGAGUAUAAGUUUCAACAUUCGCAACAAAACACCCGACGGAGGCUGCCAAGAAUGCUCCUCACAAGGCAUUACAGAUUAUACUGAAGGCUCCCCUGAGGGCUCUUAUUCAGGAAGUCACCUUUGGCAUUGGCCUUUAUUCCGAAGGCUACUAUCCACCAAAGUGUUACCAAAAUGUGGCCAAGUCCACGUUCUGCCAGCCCCCGGCAUUUCAACACAUACCGGAGGCAUCAAACGCUGUAUAUGGGACUUAAUAUCCAAAGCUUACAUUUUGAAAAUUAACGCCAGAGGCCCUUGCUAUGCAGCACCUUCCAUUCCAACAUGGACCGAAGGCACCAACCCUCACGUUUCAGACUGAGAUCAUCUAAGCCUACAGUUCGAAAGAUAAGGCCGAAGGCACCACAGUCAACACCGGAGGUCGCUGGCUGUAGACCCAAUACAAAUUUCUCUAAGUCCAUGACUUAGGGCCCCCAGCAUCACCAUGCUUUGCUAAAGAAAACUUUGCUUAAGACUACUACAAGCCGAGGGCACAUUCAUGGCAUCACUCAAAAUUUGGCUAAGUCCACACACCGGUUCCCACGGGGACAUAUGGCAAGGGCCGACUACUUCAUACAGCUGGUGGGAUGUGUCAGUCGAGGGCCUAGUGGCAAAGCACCACUUGAAAAGUUUCUAAGUCCUAAAUCUUAGGCCCUCGGUCAGCUCGUAGCAUUCAUGCGGACUAAAAGGAG